AUGAUUAUUGGAACUCUAAACAUAAGGGGGGGAGGAAGUUCGGUAAAGAGGAAGAGAAUCAACAAAAUCAUUAAGGAGGGAAGGGCUGAAGUUUUCCUGAUUCAAGAAUCCAAAUUGGAGAAAGUGGAUCAGGCCAUCAUAAGUAGCUUAUGGAGUUUUGAGAAAGUUGGUUGGUCUUUCACAAAGUCAGAAGGUCGAUCGGGUGGUAUCAUAACUCUUUGGAAGGAGGAAACUGUUGAUGUUAUUAUGAGUUUCAGAGGAGAAGGUUACCUUGGGAUUAAGGUUAAAUGGAAGGAAAAAAUUUUCUACAUAGUCAACGUUUAUUCACCUUGCUCUUUGAAUUUAAAGAGGAAACUUUGGAGGGAUUUAUUGGAAGCAAAAACCAAGUUCUCAGAUGGUGAGUGGUGCAUAGCUGACGAUUUUAACUCAGUUUCUGACGGUAGUGAAAGGAAAGGUCGGGGACAACAAAUGCGAAGCAACGAAAUUACGGGUUUUGCAGGUUUCAUAGAACAAAGCAAUUUGGUGGAUGUUCCAACAAAAGGCAAAAGGUUUACUUAG